CCAAGAUGGCGGCCUCCACGAUCGGCUAAGGCAUGAAAGGUUGUACGACUUGAUAAAGCCGAAUCUUCCUAUAUUGCAGACACAUGAGUCUGUGUAUUCAGCCCUGGAGGGGGCUGCUUCGCGGAGAGCACUGCUGUACCCGUGGCGCCGGGAUCCAGGCUUUGGGUUUACACCAAAUAGCCGAAUAUGUAGCGGGGAAGGACCGUAUCAGUCCUGCUAAAGCAGGGCACAGAACGGCUGUGAAUGCAGAGCCUCGGGAGAUACUAAGGUUAAAGCGAACGAUUAGAGUGGGAAAUACCGACGCUGGUUUCGGGUUAUGUGUUCGGUGUAACGGGGCUGUUGGAGAAGCGGUACCUUUACAGGAAGCUGAAGGAAUAAGUAGGCGCAGAGGGCUGACAGCAUGGGGUAUCCGCACACGGAUGCUGAGAUCUGGGGUUUGGACAUAUGGGAUUAAUACCCCAGCACGGAUGUGGAGGAGUCUUAAAGUACCGGACAGUGACGGCUGGAGGGGAGAUGGAUGCCUCAGGCAGCAGGAGAUGCAGCUCCCCAUCUCCUGGAUGAAGAGAUGCAGGAUUGUAGAAAUGGUGAAUGGAAACCUGCCCAGGACUCUGCUCAUACGAAAACAUCUAGUGAACCAUGGCUAUUCUAUGAGGCAUUACUCCCAGAGCCAUGAAGCAUCAAUCACACCAGACAGUGUUUCCAACCCAGGGAGAUCCCGGCCCCCAUGGAAUGUCCUGUUUUUUGGAACUGAUGAUUUUGCACUGGAGUCGCUGAAAGGACUGAACAAAUUCAGGACACAGGAACCAGUAGUUGGAAGACUAGAGGUUGUUACCUUACCAUCUUCUCUGCCCAAGGGUCUUCCUGUGAGAAAUUACGCAGCAGAUCAGGGAAUCCCUGUACACGAGUGGCCCAGCACAGGCUGCUGUGACCAAUUUGACAUUGGCGUGGUGGCAUCCUUUGGGCGACUCCUCAGUGAGGACCUUAUUUUAAAAUUUCCAUACGGCAUCUUGAAUGUGCAUCCCAGUUGCCUCCCAAGAUGGCGAGGCCCGGCUCCAAUAAUCCACACAGUACUGAAUGGUGACGAAAACACAGCUGUCACGAUCAUGCAGAUUAGACCAAAGAGGUUUGAUGUAGGUCCAAUUGUGAUGCAGCAGAUGUAUCCUGUACCGCCUAAAUGUACAGCUAAGGAACUCGAAGCUAUGCUGGCUGGAUAUGGAUCUGAAAUGCUAAUAUCUGUUCUAAAGAAUUUACCCCAGAGCCUGAAAUGGAGUAGAGAACAGCCAAAAGAAGGUGUGACAUUUGCUCCCAAGGUUACCCCAGCCAUGGGUUGUGUGAGGUGGGAAGAGCAAGGUGUAGAAGAAAUUAUGCGGCUAGAACGCGCAAUUGGAUUUGUAGUGCCACUGCAGACUGUAUGGAUGGGAUCUCCGGUCAAAUUGCUAAACUUUGUGGAACCCCCUGAUUCGUUAAAUGUCCUGGAAACAGUCGGGGUGCCUGGUUCGGUUAGAUAUCUUCGUGGACCUGAAAUCCUGGUGGUACGCUGUAAGGAUGGCUGGGUUGGCGUCAGAACCGUAGUAUUAAAAAAGAAGCUCUCGGCCAAGGAUUUUUACAAUGGAUACCUGCACCAACGGCUUUCACAAACCUCAAACAUCCAGCAGGAAAUGUGCCGGUUUUACACACUAUAUCUGCCACCAAAGGCUAAGAUCCCAAAAAAGAGUCAGACGUCGUGUCGUAAUGUGUGACAGUGAUAGAGCGUUGCUGCACAGUUUACAGCUUUUGCUUAAAAUAGCAGC